AUAGCGUCAUAUAACAUCUCCUUGCUGAUAGCCAAAUGUGGGCAGCCGUUCACAAUCGGAGAGAAGUUGGUACUCCCUGCCAUCAAAGAGGUCAUAUCUACUGUGAUGGAGCGUGAUCCCACACAGGUGCUGAAAUCCAUCCCACUCAGUAAUGACACCGUAGCACGCAGGAUUGAUGAAAUGGGGGCUGAUACAGAGGAGCAGCUGUGUGCCAUCCUGCGGGAAACUCCAUUCAGCCUUCAGCUGGAUGAGACAACCACUUCUGACAACAAUGUUCUGUUGAUGGCCUAUGUCCGCUAUAGCACCUCCAACAGUCAGGAGAUGGCUGAGGAAUUUUUAUUUUCCAAAUAUCUGGUCACAGACACCAAGGGCCAGACCAUUUUUAAUGCACUGGAUGCUUAUCUACAGGAGAAGUCAAUCCCGAUCAACAACAUCCUCACAUGUGCUACUGACGGUGCCCCUUCCAUGGUUGGCAGGUACCGUGGCUUCACCACUCUGCUGAAGGAGCAGGUCCCGCAUGUCCUCACAGUCCACUGUGUCUUGCACCGCCACAACCUUGUGGCCAAAUCUAAAAGUCCACCUCUCCACGAGUCUCUCAAUGUUGCAGUAAAGGCAAUAAACAAAAUAAAAGCCCACGCCCUGAAUAACAGAUUGUUCCGACAGCUGUGUCAGGAAAAUGAUGAGACCUUUGAGCGUCUUCUUCUCCACACUGAUGUCCGCUGGCUCUCAAAAGGAAACUGCCUUGCUCGUUUUUGUGAGCUGUUUGACAGCAUCGUGGAGUUCCUGGAGGAGGUGGAUGCAGCUCUCGGGGAACAGGUGUCAUCCAGCCGCUGCGACAUCAUGUACCUCGCAGACUUCUUUGGCAAAAUGAAUGAAGUCACGCUGAAGCUCCAAGGAAAAGGAGUUACUCUGAUCCAGAGCAAGGCGGUCAUCCACAGUCUCACCUCCAGGCUGGAUCUAUACCGGCAGAGCAUAGGCAGGAGGCAGUUUGCUCAUUUCCCGCUGUUGACCAAGGUGUCUGAGGCUCUUACCGAUGAGCGCCUCCUCAUUUACACAGACCACCUGAGGAUGGUGAAUGCCGACUUGAAGAUCCGCUUCAGAGAUCUUUUGGACCUCGAUGUUCCCACCUGGGUGGUGCAGCCCUUUCAGGCGGACGUGGCGGAAUGCGAGCCAGCAAUACAGGAGCAUCUCAUCGACAUCCAGAGUGACGAUGAGGCCCAGGCUAUUUUCCGCACCUCUGGCUGGGGCAACAUGUGGGUCAAAUACUCUCAGCGUUACCCGGCUCUCUGGGAGAAAGCGAGGCUGCUUCUUCUGGCUUUCCCAACCACAUACCUCGUGGAGCAGGGAUUCAGCCAGGUCCUCCACAUGCAGUCCAAGUACCGCAAUCGCUUGAACUUGACGACCUCAGGUGCACUGCGACUGAAACUAAGUUCUCUGCAACCAGCAGUGAAGAAACUGGCGGAGAACCACCAAGCGCAGGGCUCACACUAACCUUCCCCCCCCCGCAAUUUGGCGAAAUGCAACACCUUUCCGACCUGUUAGUUCUGUAGGCCUAAUGUACAGUUUUGUAGCCUACUGUUUGUUCUGCACUGGACAUGUGUGAAAUUGCUGCUGUUCCGUAGCAGUCUGUUUGUAUUCUCUGCUCUUGUCUGAGUUUGUUUAACACUCAUAAAUAUCAUUUUUAUUCACAUUCA